GUGUGACACUACCAAGUCCUCCAAUACACUAUCUGUGGUGAUAAUAAUAAUUGCGUUUGUAGUCCCGAUUCGUCAGACGCCACAAUCUUACACCCAGGACAACAGUCAAUUUAUAUCGUCAUGGAGGUCUCAAAAGCGAUAUCGGAUCCCGAACCAGGAUCGUUGAUGCUUGAGAAGAAGACAUCGUUCGAGUCACAACAAACAACAAGGGUCAUCAUCACAUUUGACAGCAAUGAUCCAGAGAACCCCAACAACUGGUCGAAGGCCAAGAAGAGAUUUGUAGUAUUUACUCUCACCUUGACAUUGUUCAACAGCACACUCUCUUCUUCCCUCCCAGCCAAUGCCAUGUCACCGAUGGCCGCUGAGUUCGGUAUUGACGAUAGACGAGGGAACCCACAGUUGGCACUUCCCAUAUCACUUUUCCUCGUAGGAUACGUCUUCGGACCUCUCCUCUUUGGGCCUCUUUCAGAGCUUCAAGGCCGCAAAUACGUACUUCAGGCAGCCUUCGUCGUCUACAUCCUGUUCACUCUUGCCUGCGCUCUAGCACCAAACUGGCCGUCAAUGCUGGUCUUCCGCCUCAUGUCAGGCAUUGUUGGCAGCUCACCGAGUACACUUGGCGGCGGUAUCAUCGCAGACAUACACAGCGACUUGACCCAGCGAGGCAGAGCGCUCACAUACUACUACACAGCCAGUAUCUGCGCGCCAUUGAUAGCUCCAACAAUAGCUGCCUACUUGGCCCCGAUCUCUUGGCGAUGGGCUUACUGGUUCAGUCUCAUAUUUGCCGGUGUGACAAUCAUUCCGUUGGCAUUCCUGCCAGAGACCUUUGGCCCUACAAUUCUUGCUCGGCGGGCGAAAAGGAUUCGGCGAUCUGCAGUAAAGACUGGCCAGGGCAAUGCUGAGACGUAUGCCGCCAUCGAGCUCGAAGCCAAAGGCUGGCGCAACCUUAUGAGCGUCGUAUUAAUUCGUCCUCUACAUAUGCUCUUCACCGAGCUGAUCGUUGCUGCAACGGCUACAUACAUCGCGCUAGCUUACAGCGUCUACUACAUGUUCUUUCAAACAUACCCCAUCGUCUUCAAGGGCACCUACGGGAUGUCAAACAAGAAAAGCAGCUUCAUGUACUUGCCCAUUGCAGGAGGAAUCUGCCUUGGUCUGGUGAUAUUCUUUCUAUGGGAUGCCUACUACAGACGCUGCAAAAAGGCCGGUCGAACCUGGGCACAGAAGAAUGAGUACAGCAGGUUACCUCUAGCAUGCAUGGGCGGGCCUCUUCUGGCAAUCUCACUCUUCUGGGCUGGCUGGACCGCACGGUCCAGUAUCUCGUGGGUGUCACCCAUGGUAGCAGGAAUUCCGUUCGGAGCUGCUCAGCUUCUCAUCAGUAUCGCUCUAACGACUUACCUGGGCGAUUGCUACGGAGUGUACUCGGCAUCGGCCAUGGCGGCGGGAACGUGCCUACGAAAUCUUGCAGGUGCGGGACUAUGUAUCGCUGCGGCGCCGAUGUACACCAAACUUGGUGUUGGAUGGGCUUCAACGCUUCUUGGGGUUGUGAGCGUCUUUAUGUGUGCUAUCCCGUUCAUCUUCAUUCAAUACGGGAAUACCAUUCGACAACGAAGUAAGUUUUAUCAGAGGCUAAAGGCAGAGAUGGAAUCGUCACAGAGUGAAGCAGAGAGUGAUUGAGGCGGAGCUAAAAAGAGGC